CGUCACCCCCUACCCUCACUUCACCCCCUACCCUCACUUCACCCCCUACCCUCACUUCAUCCCCUUCCCUCACUUCAUCCCCUACCCUCACUUCACCCCCUACCCUCACUUCACCCCCUACCCUCACUUCACCCUCUGCCUUCACUCUGGCGUGCAUCGGAACUACUUGUUCGGCACGGAUCUUCCCUCCAGAGUAUGCAGCCUGAAUGAGAGCCAGGUGAUCGUUGACACCAACUGCUUCACCAGCCCGUGCAACUUCGCACAGGAGCAGCGAGAAGAGAGCGACUGCACCGCCACCUGCGGCCUCGUGCCUCCCUCCACGCUACCCUGUGGCGGCCGCGGGUACUGCAAUUGGGACAUGGAUCGUUCACAGGCCAAGUGCGCGUGUGACGCAGGGAGUGCCUACAUGACAGACCAUGCAGCAUGCGUCACCAGCACCGGCACUCCAUGGCACGCCUCCCAGUUGCCUUUUCUGAAGGAACUGAGGACCUCCUGGAAACUGGAUGGACGUGAUGCUCCUCGCGGCUGGCAGGCCGGGGAUGACUGCAAGACCGCUGAAGUGCUCACCUGUGAUGAUGCAGGCAUGAUCACGCAGUUGAUGGUUCUAGAAGAUGUCGUUUCUGGCGAAAUACCCGAGUCGGUUGGGGAUCUGGCAAAGCUGUCGAUCAUAGUGAUAAGAGGCACUGGUAGCCGGAGUGCCAACUAUGGCCUAACUGGUGCUAUUCCAGAGUCCAUCAGCCAGCUGACGGGCCUUGUUGAGCUAGAGUUGUCAAAUGUUAGGCUCAUCGGCGACAUUCCUUCAGCGCUCUUCACUCUUCCACGCCUCACCCGCAUGGUCGUGGGCGGCUACGAUGCCCAGCCUUGUUCCAUUCCACAAUCCAUCAGCCAGCUAUCCAACCUUGUGGAGCUAGAGUUGUCAAACGUGGGGCUCACUGAUGGCGGCGUUCCCUCAGAGCUCUUCACUCUUACAGACCUCACCCGUGUAAUCAUAAGGGACAACGGUUACCAGCCUUUUUCUAUUUCAGAGCCCAUCAGUCAGCUAAUCAACCUUGCUGAGCUAGAGUUGUCCAACGUUGAGCUCACUGACAGCGUUCCGCCAGCGCUCAUCACUCUGACACACCUCACCCGCAUAAUCAUAAGAGGCAACAGUGAAUAUUACCAGUCUUACUACUCCCAGUCUUUCUCUUUAACGCAGUCCAUCACUCAGCUAGCCAACCUUGCUGAUCUAGAGUUGUCCAGCAUUGACCUCACUGACAGCAUCCCUUCAGAGCUCUUCACUCUUACACACCUCACCCGCGUAGUCAUAAGGACCGAAGACUACUCGUCUUUUUCUUUUCCAGCGUCCAUCAGUCAGCUCACCAACCUUGUUGAACUUGAGUUGGCAAGGCUGGAUCUCACUGGGGGCAUACCGUCAGCGCUCUUCGACCUCACACACCUCACCCGCAUACGCAUAGAGGGACACUUUGAUGAGUUUGGUUCAAUUCCACAGUCCGUCAGUCAGCUUACCAGCCUCGUUGAGAUAGACUUGUCAAAAGGUAUUUUCACUGGUGGCAUACCUUCGGAGCUCUUCAACCUUGGGGAUCUCACCCAGCAUUGUGUUUCUCGACUCACGCCUGUCGGGGUCACUACCUGCAGCCUUAUCCAUGAUGACACAGCUCAAGCAUCUCCUACGUGUAGUGCGCUGUCCGGCGCCCAGGUGUUGUGUGCUGCCCUCCGCCCAUGUGUAGUGCGCUGUCCGGCACCCAGGUGCUGAGUGCUGCCCUCCGCCCUCCGCCCAGCCCAGGUGUAGUGCACUGGCGCAAUUG